CUUUCUUUAGGAGUUCGCGGAUGUGACCUGUCACUGACGCCACCUGAGAACAGACGGCAGAGCCUUUCAGUCGGACAUCAACAAACACAUCACACAGUCCUGUCGGCGUCAGUGGAUAAUGCACCGGUGUGAUGUGAAGUAACUCCACAGCGUCUGUGAGAGAGACAGGAAGUGGUGGUUGUGAUUAGAAAUACCUGUUGACUCAGUUCAACUCCAUUUUCAUUCAGACGUCAGAGAAGAAGACGACGACGCUCCAGUCAUGAUGUCUGAUUCCAGGGUCUCCUCCGUCAUCCAGGAGUGGGCCAGCUCCUACCCGGUCCCCGCCCAGACCCUGGCCCCGCCCACUCCCGCCCCCUCUGGAUCCACCAGUCAGCUGGCUCAGAUGGACCUGCUGUCGUACAGCCAGUCCGCGGCGCUGCUGAGGGGCGGCGGCGGCGGCGAGGACCGGGUGUCGGAGCAGAUGAUGGGUUUAUCGUACUUGCCCUACGCGGCGUCCUGCCUCAGCUCCGGUCCAGGAGGGUCUGACCCCCACCAGAACCACGGAGGCCAGCAGGACUUCUUCCUGUCGCCGACGUUCCGGGCGCCGGCGACCAAGCGCAGUAUCACUAAGGACAGCGCCGAGUACCGUCUGCGACGCGAGAGGAACAACAUCGCGGUGAGGAAGAGCCGGGACAAGGCCCGACGGCGGAUCCUGCUGACCCAGCAGAGGGCGCUGCAGCUGCAGGAGGAGAACCAGAAGCUGCAGAUCCGGAUCGGGCAGCUCACACAGGAGCUGGACACUCUCAAACACAUCCUGUCCCAGAGGCCCCUGCAGGGCCCCGUGGAGGGGGGGUCGGCGGGGUCCAGCAUCUGACCGGACCGGAUCCAGGAGUCCGCCAUUUGACCGGACCGGGUCCGGUCGAGUCAUGGAAGACCUCAAACACCUUCACCUUCUCAUGUGGACGCUGACGGAGUGAGAUUCAUUUCAGAUUCAGAGACAGUUUCAGUCCACGUCCAACAUUUGAGUUUCACUGAAGGAUUAACGUCAGAAAAUCUGUUUAUUCUGUUUAUUUAUCAGCUUGUUCAUUUUGUGUUUUUUUUUUUUUU